GUAUCAAUUUUAAGGUUGUUUGUGUAUGUUUUCGUAUUGUAUUUCUAUUAUUUUCCAUUUUUCUAUUAAUCGAAGUAUUGUGAUUUAACUUGAAUAUUAUCAAAUACGCACCAUGCUGAAGGCUGUUAUAUUGAUUGGUGGCCCACAAAAAGGUACAAGGUUUCGGCCACUAUCAUUAGACACGCCCAAACCCUUGUUUCCAAUAGCAGGGUUACCACUGAUACAGCACCAUAUAGAAGCAUGUGCCAAGUUACCAGAAUGCAAGGAAAUACUAAUUAUUGGGUCAUAUGUUACAACUACUAUGUCACAAUUUGUUAGUGAAAUGCAGAAGGAAUAUCAAGUUAUUAUUAGAUACCUUCAAGAGUUCACACCAUUGGGUACAGGAGGUGGUCUUUACCACUUUAGAGACCAGAUUCGUGCAGGCAGCCCUAGUGCCUUCUUCCUAUUGAAUGGUGAUGUUUGUGCAGAUUUUCCUCUGAAAGAGUUGUGGCAGUUUCACGAGGAAAGAAGCAAUGCUUUGGUCACUAUAAUGGGAACAGAAGCUACUCGACAACAAUCUGUCUUCUACGGCUGCAUGGUCCGAGAGCCAGUGACCAAAUCAGUCACACAUUACGUAGAGAAACCAAACUCAUAUGUGUCAACACUGAUCAACUGUGGUGUGUAUGUGUGUUCAACACAAGUGUUCCAGAUAAUGGCUGAAGCAUUUCAGAGAAAGCAAGAUGGAUUUUACAGUAGCAAUGGCCAAAGCAGCCCACACCCAGGCUACAUGUCCUGGGAACAAGAUGUUUUGGGACCUCUGGCUGGAACUAAUAAACUAUAUGCAUUGCAAGUAACCAACUGGUGGUCGCAAGUGAAGACGGCGGGCUCGGCGAUCUACGCCAACCGCCACUACCUGGAGUUAUACAGGAGCAGAAUGAAUAAGGCACCCUGUGUGAUACUGCCCGACGUGUUCAUACACCCCACCGCUGUGGUCGACGAAACUGCUGUGAUAGGACCGAACGUGUCAAUCGGCGCGGGAGUGCGAGUGAUGGCGGGCGUGCGCGUCAAAGAGUCGAUAGUACUGAACAACGCCGCGAUACACGAACACGCGCUAGUUAUGUACUCUGUCGUUGGUCAAGAGGCGACAGUUGGGGAGUGGGCCCGCGUGGAGGGCACCCCGUCCGACCCCGACCCCAACAAGCCCUUUGCCAAGAUGGACAAUACGCCCCUGUUCAACAGCGACGGACGGCUGAAUCCGUCUAUCACAAUUUUAGGCGCUGGUGUCGUAGUACCCGCAGAAACAAUUCUCCUCAACUCCAUCGUCCUGCCGCACAAACAUCUCACAAGGAGUUUCAAGCACGAAAUUAUUUUAUAGUACAGGUUACAUGUUUGUUUGUUAGGUAGCUUUAAGUUAUUCCAGUCACAAUAAUUAAGUUUAGUUAACUUUGUAAGACUAAGGCCGGUAUAAAUAGUCAGUACUCAA